GAGUAUUGAAUGCAUGCACAAGGCUGAACAGCAACAGAGAUCUCUUCUUCGCAGAAGUUCUCUUCUUCGCAGAAGGCAACGCACAAGGCGCUGUCGUUCGCAGCGCGUGUGACCGGGGGAUGUCAUCCCCCUGUGUGAUAGCAUGGGGUGGGUUGGUCUCACACACCUGUUCGUUUUGGCCAUCACCCCUGCUCUGACCGAGGGAUGCUGCCAUGAUACACAGCGUCAGCGGACCUCAGAAAGUGUUACACACCCGCCCAGACAUCACUACAGAGUGGUCCUUGGGGAGCCCUUCGAGAUGAAUUGCGUGGCGUCCCCUGGGAGCGAUGUGCGGUGGUCCAGGUUUGGGGCAGGUUCGGGAGUGAAGGACCCAGUGCCGGUCAGCACAGAGAACCUUCUGAAGAUCCCGGCCGUGACCGCAGAUCAUUCCGGAAACUACUCGUGUGGCAAUGAGAGUGGCGCGUUACUGGACCUCCAGCUCCAGGUGUCCAGGCGGGCCUGCUCUGAGCUGGGGCCCAAACAGGUGACCCUGACCUUGGGCGCGGGAGGGGGGAUUGACUGCCCUAAUUCCACCUGUGGCGACCCAGACCUCUCCAACUCGCAGGUCACAUGGUACAAGAUGGGCCGUUCGAUCUCCGAGCUGCAGAAUGUGUUUCAGUGGGAUGUGUGCACUGAGGGCCCCCGCUUGAUGCUGUGCAAGGUGUUCGACCUACACUCGGCUGUGUUCUACUGUGACCGACACGCAAGGGGCCCCGGGCCCCUCUGGAUCACCAGGAGGGCCGUCAACGUCAAAGUCAUACCCCUAGAUACCGAAGACCCCCCCACGAUCCUGGAUCCCAACAGCAACAAAACUGAAGAAGUGGUCAUAGGUGAGCCACAUACUCUGCUGUGCAAGGUGACGUUUGGUUUCGAGAGGAACAUUUCCUCCAAGGUCCAGUGGUACACCAACACGGCGGCAGACCAGGCACUGAAGUUUCUGAUUGGCCAACAGGAGCAGACGAGAGAGAAAACGACGCUCAGUCACACGGAGGUGACACAGGUGGCGGUCCUCAAGGUGGUCACAGAGCUCCACCUGCAGCAGGUCUUCACCUGUCUGGCCACCAACGCCAAGGGGACCACGAACUGCACCAUCAGACUGCGGAGACGGGACGCAGCAGGCCACUGGCUAACCGGGGCGGUCGUCCCUGUGGUGUGUGUGUUGCUGCUGACUGGGCUGGGGGUGGUGUUGCACCUCCGCACCCUGGAGCUCACACUCAUCUACAGGUCUUACUGGCAGAGCAGCGCCCAUGUAGGAGAAGACAGCAAGGACAUCGACGUGUUUCUGUCUCACGCGUGGAGCCAUGUGUCAGAGGACGGCACAGGAACUCACACCGCGCUUCUGCCCUCUCCGUCCGGGGAGCUAGGCACGUCACCACGGAAGAAUUAAUCUUCAGAAAGACCACAAACUCCCCGUAUCUUAAUGAUAACAGUUCUCAGAAAAGCAGAUAAUACCCACAUCCUUAGCACCAGAGUUCCAAAGAAGCUGUGUUGAGGGUGUUGCUUAACAUCAGCCAAGAGGUCCACUGCCUAUCAGGCAGCAAAUUAACUCUUGACAACUUGUUAUUGUACUCAGAACGGCCGUUCAAACCAGACCCAGCUCCAGGUCUGGGCUUUGUCCAGGUUUGGCUGGGUCCCGUUUGUACUGCCUUUCUAUCCAACCCCUACCUUCUCCUUAAGGUGCAAUGUGUAUGAUUCAAUAUCAUCCAGUGAAAUUACUUGGCAUAAAUUGAAUUAGUAUGUGAAGUAUUUUUUAAUUUGUGUAUCUACCUUAGAAUGAUCCCUUCAUAUUCAUGUAAGGACUGAGUCGUCUUUCAAAGAGCCCGCUAUGACAGCAUUAUUCAAAUAAUUCAAUAACAUUUUAUUUUAAUAGCCCUUAAUCACCGUAACAGUCUAAAAGGGCUUAACAGGCCCUCUAAUAAUGACACCUCGCUAGCUUAGAACGGAUAAAAGGCUCUAAAGAGGAUGAGUUUUCAACAAUAACAAUGGCUAUCUUACUUCUAAGUUAUGUAUUUGACAGACUAAAUAACUAAAUACAGUUGAUUAAACCAUCAAGGAACCUCAUCCAUUUAGAAUGACAUCACUACCUCAUCAUGGUGCCUUUAUCCUAGACACAGCACCGUCAAUGACUUGAAUGUACAAUUCACGGUAAAUC